CUCUUUUUUUUGGACAAGAUAAACGUAUUUGACCCGUUUCUUAGAAAAGUACAAAAAAGUUUAAUGCUUCUCAAAAAAGAAGAAAGAAAAAGAGAGGGAAUGAGUAAAAUAUUUUGGAUUAUUAAAACCGUAUAUCAAGAUUUUCAGGAUUGAUAGCAGGUAAAAUAUUUAUUUUAAUUCCGAGGAUGGGUAGCAAUUCUAAAGAGGUGGUGAAAAUUUUCGAUUUUUUUAAAAACCAAACAUUAAUUCAAAAAAAAUAACUGUUAUUGCUUCUUAAUAAAAACCUUCAAAUGCUAUAAAAAAUUAUGUUGGCUUUGAACAUGGUACGGGUGAAAAAUCAUCAACAUCUCAAACCCCUCCCUCCCUUCGUAUCUUGUUUAUGUUGCUCAAAGCAGUGCAUACUUUGGCAUGAUCUUUUUUAUUUUUAAUUUAUUUCGGCUAAAAUCGGUGCAUCAAAUAAAUAUGUGAAUUCUCAACAAACCUUCAAAUUGGGUGUUUGAGCUACAUAACUCUUUACCAUUUUUAUUCAAUUCAUUCCAUUUUUAAAUGCCAAGUAUAUUUCUUUAUUAAAUUUGUUUAAUUUUUUUAUACUGUAGUGGGAAGUAAAAGUUUCAAAUUUAAACUCUGCUUUAAGCCCAAAUAGCACAUGUAAGCAAUAACCGACCAAGUGAUUGCGCUUGAGCUCAAGUCCGUUAUGUAGCAAUCGCACUCGAGCUCAAAGUUCUCGCGCUUUUUAACUAACCUUGUCCAUUUUAUCGGAUCCGAUACCCGACAACAUAUUGGACCCGACACAUCGUUCCUUUAUUCUUCGUCGACGCGCGAAAUGGGGAAACAAUCGAUCGAAAAGUAAAAAAUAAAAAAUAAAAAAUGAGAGGAGCUCGAGUUCCCCAACAAUGGCGAUGGAGGAAACCGCCUCCUCCUCCCCUCCCCCUCUUCCCCCCGAAGAAGAAGCUUCGUCUCCCUCGCUUGAUCCCCUCCAACCGAUUCUUCCGCCUCCUCCUCCUCCUCGCAUUCCUCGCCCUCGUCCCCCCCGUCUUCUUCCACCUCCGCCUCCAGCGACUGCACCAGAUGCGGUCGCGGAAGUGCGGUUGGAUCGCGGAUCCUCCUCUUGUGUGCGCUCAUGGGGGCGAUUCCACCAAGGGAGUUCCCAAUACCAUGGCUGCUUAUCGGAUCGCUCUUAGCUCUCAUGUGGAUUGCAUCGAAAUAGAUGUCUCGCGCUCUUCCGAUGGAGGACUCUUUGCGCUGCAUGAUAGGGAUCUGCAGCGGAUGUCUGGUAAUAAUACCGUGAAAGUCGGGUACAUGAGCAUUAAUGAGAUAAAAGCAUUGGAUGCUGGAUUACAUUGGAAGCCUGAAUUUCACAAUCAGGAAGUUCCUUUUUUGGAGGAUGCCUUACUGUUGAUAUCACAGUCAGUGAAGCAGGUGAUUCUGGAUGUGAAAGUUGGGCCGCCAUCAUAUGAGCAAGGGUUAGCUGCUGAUAUUUUAUCUGUUGUGAAGAAGACGCAUUGCAGGAAUUGUCUUGUUUGGGCAAAAAGUGAUAUAAUAGGAAGAGAUGUAAUCAAGCUAUCACAAGAUGUUCCGGUUGGCUAUAUUGUUAUGAAGGACCCUUCAACCGGCGUUAGAAGUAACUUACUGAGGAUGAAAGGUGCGAAGGUUGUUGGCGUGUACCAUCCUUUGAUAGAUAAUGACCUCAUAAGGGUCUUGCGCAGGAGGGGAAAGAAAAUUUAUGCUUGGACCGUCGACGACCUGGACUCGAUGCAGAGAAUGCUGUUCGAGCAUGUCGAUGCCAUCGUCACGAGCAACCCUUCUAUGCUGCAAGGGCUUAUGGAGGACUUGAGAAUGCAGUGCCUCGAAGAAGGUUUUACCUUGCCGUGAGCGAAACUUAACAGUGUUUCGUAUUCGGAAAAUGUUUGCUUUUAGAGGAUUUGAGUUCUGUUUUUUUUUUCCCCAUUAUUGUACCUCUACAUUCAAACUAUAGAAAGUCCAGUUCCACAGGUUUUGGUUUUUACAGCUUUUUUCGAAGAAAAUCACUUCUAAAUCCCCAUUCUCUUCUUAUGAAGAAAGAACUGAAUUUUCUAAUUAAAGAACAAACCAAACACUGGGAAGGAACUGAUUUUGGGCUCAA